UGCAAGACUUAUCUUAUCUGGUUCUAAGCUCGAAGCUCUGCAGCUGCGGGAGCUGUUUAUUAUCUUAACCUUAACCCAUGGCAUGUUCAGUAGACUCUGAACGGUAGUUGUUACAACACGGUCGACAAGGAUUGCAAAAUGAUCAAGCAAAUCGUAGCAGUGGUUCUGAUGUUCGUGGCUGUUGCCCAAGGAUUGCAGACUAUCCAAUGCUCCAACAAUCGACCUGCGCCCGAGGAAGUCAUCAUACCGGGAUGCAGUAGUCUUCCCUGCUCGGUCCCGAACCAGUCGGAUUUUAACUUUAGCGUGCGUUUCGCACCGACCUUCCCCACCAACACACUGACCGUGGACGUGCGUGCUUCGCUGUUGGGUCUUUUCCUUCCCUACGAGGUACCUGAGCAUCUGCGCAAUGGUUGCAACAACAUUAACACUUCCUGCCCACUGACAGCCGGUCAGAGUGUAACACUCACCGGUACUGCACCGGUGGAGGCUCCACUUACUGGUGUCACGGUUACGAUGGAGUUCGAAAUUACCGGCGACGGUGGCCAGGUGGCCGUUUGCUUUGCCGCCACGGUGACCCUGACUUAAGGGGAACAAACGUGAAUAAAUAAUAAAAUAAAAAUAAAUG